CUCAUCUGAUCCCGAAAGGAAGAGCACCAGACUCCAGUGAACGGUCGCACUGUUCGACAGUGCAUCAGCGGUUCCUUCACGACGUUCUGAAGGUGGAUUUUUGUUUCCUCCUGCUCAGAACUGCUAAACUGCGUGUGGGGACCCAGGACCUGCGGUCUUCUUCCGUUAUUCUUGUCAUUGGUCUCGGAGCAACACACUCAUUGUAGUUGUACUCACACACAGAUCGCCUACGCACACAGACAGCGCUCAACGGAUUUCACUCUCAAUAGGGACACUCCCCCUCCCCCUCCCCCCCGCAUUUCAAAGGAAGGUAAACAACGCGGGAGAAAAUGGCGUUGUCAAUUAACGGCGUCCUCUGUACGCUGACCGUACUGAUUUUGUGGCGGGCAGAGGAGCUAGUGGAAGCUUGCAGCUGUGCACCCGUGCAUCCGCAACAGGCUUUCUGUAACGCCGACGUUGUGAUCCGAGCGAAGGUGGUGGGGGAGAAGGAGGUGGAUACUGGGAAUGAUAUCUAUGGGAACCCCAUCAAGAGGAUCCAGUAUGAGGUCAAGCAGAUCAAGAUGUUUAAGGGUCCUGACCAGGACAUUGAGGCGAUCUUUACUUCACCGGUCUCUGCUGUGUGUGGUGUUACCUUGGAUACUAGUGGCAAGAAGGAGUACCUAAUAUCCGGCAAGGUGGAGGCAGGUGGGAAGAUGCAUGUGACCCUGUGUGACUACAUAACGCCCUGGGAGUCCAUGAGCCCCACUCAGAUGAAGAGUCUGACUCAGCGCUAUCAGAUGGGCUGUGACUGCAAGAUUGUGCGCUGCCCCUCCCUGCCCUGUGCCAUUUCUGCUCCAGAGGAGUGUCUGUGGACAGACCUGAUGAUAGAGAAGCAGGUGCACGGUCGCCAAGCUAACCACUACACCUGCGUCAAGAGGGCCGAUGGCUCCUGUUCCUGGUAUCGCGGUGUGACUCCGCCCAAGAAGGAGUUCCUGGACAUCGAGGACCCCUAGUCACUUUCUGCCCCUACCCCCUUCCAGCUGCCCACUGCACAACCUGAUUUAAAGAAAAAUGUUUCUAAACAUUUCAUGAAAUAUUAGGGGAGAAAAUAAGUUCUGUGUGAAAGGACAACAUUAAUUUGAUACACAUAUAAAAUAUAACGAGGCAAAGCUGAAUGAUUUAAGAGAGCUUGGGUAAUAAUGUACUGGUCCAAAAACAACUCCCAGCUACUACCCCUUGUGUUUGCAGAUCUAAAGGGACUGGAUAUGUUGAUAGUAUGGUGAUGGCUCCACCUAGACCUCUAAAUGGUAUUUGUCAAAUUGCUUACACCCAUCCGGUUCCUUCAGGACUGCAAAACACAGAAGGUUUAGAGGCUAGUGGAAGGAGCUAGACAGGGGCUCAGGAUGUUUGUGUAGCUAUUUAGUGCCACAAGACCUGUCUAUACUGGUCGUGUGGUGGUGAUGAUGUCACAUCCCCCUGAGGCUGGCGUCAGGAGGACGGAUCAUUUCUUGGGGUUAUGGCAACAGAGUCCAGGUCAAAAGUAGUGCGCUCUCUACCCCUGUCAAACUACCCAGGUUAGAACGACUCCAUAUCUAUUCAAUGAUGGCUCAACAUUACUUAUGUUUCCUCAUUCUGUUUGAUUUCAAAGCCAUAUUCCAAGAUGCCUUUUUCUUUUUAACUAGUCAAACGCUAUUUGUUGCUUCUCAUAACCAUGCUGUUAGGACCAAUCAGAUUGAUGGUGAGGCGGGACUUCCCAGCUUGUUCUAAUAGACAUUUGGUAAGAAAGGUGUUUAGUUUUUAUAAAUAGUUGCAUUUCAUUUUGUCUGAUUAACCAAAGCAGACCAGUCAGACAAAUAUGGGAAUAACAACAUUUUAAAAGAACCUUCUAGAAUGCAUGUCUCACCGGACCAGUCUAUGGCAUGUGAUAGAGAUGGAUGCCUAUGGUAUCACAUAUUACCCCUGCACCCCCCCUUCGAUGCCCCUUCUAGACUCAACAACCCCUCACCCCUCCUCACUGUCUCCACCCACUCCCUCUAGAUUGCUGUACAGAACCUAUGCAUAUACUUUUUGUUUGUUUGUUAUUUGCAUCAUUAGAUCUAGAACUAGAGGGGGGGGGGGGAAUUAAGUAGCACUACAAAGGAAAUAGGGUGUCUUAUGGGACUCAACCAGACAGCCAGGUUGUCUUAACUGCAUUGCGCAGGUGAUCAGAUCUCACAAUGCCGGAAACCACAUUGAAAUGAAAUGGCAUCUUCUGAGGUCUGAGGCACAUACUCCUCAGAUCUCAGUAGAUUGCUAUAUUAUAUUAAUUUGGAUUUAACGUAUGAUGGAAUAACAGAAGCGCAAAUUAAAAGUGGACGUUCGAUUUUCAGUACAUUUUUGUUUUCCAGUGUUUAACUUUUUUUUGUUCCCCCAUCAAGUCUGUCGUUCUCUUUAAAGUGGUGAAAGUCUUCUUGCGCUGGGAGCAUGUGAGAGAGAGAAUCUCACCAGUGGAGACUACCGAGGACAGCUCAUAACAAUGGCUGGAACUGAGUCAAUGGAAUGAUGUCAAACACAUGGAAACUGUUUGAUGUAUUUGAUCUCAUUCCGCCCCAGCCAUUACCAAGAGCCCAUCCUCUCCAGUUAAGGUGCCACCAACCUCCUGUGAAUCUCACCCUUGUAUAGAUCUAAAGCGGAUUGGAUGUAAUAAACAUGGUGCUCAUUCUCUUUCAGAAGGCAAUCCCUUGGUAAUACCAUAUUUCUUCUACCUUAUCCAAUGCUUUCAGAUAUACACGUGCUAAGUUGGUAGGGAAGGGUUGAUGGGGUUUUGUGGGUGUAGAGGUGGAGUGUGAACCAGACUAUGCAUAUGUUUAGUGCUUUGUGUAAGUCCCUUGUGGAAUUUCAGCCAAUGUACAAAAAUAUACAACAGUAUUAUCGAAUAAAACCAAACCUUUGAAAUAA